AUGUGGGGAAUAAAUUACUCAUUUUCUGCACUAAAUCAUGUGAAACCACGUGCAUUACUACUGAAAGAUGACUUUAAGGCACAUAUAAAGGUGAAGGUGAACAAUCACUUUUUUAACAAGGAAAAUAUGCCUAGCAGAUUUAAAUUCAAAGAGUAUUGCCCAAUGGUGUUCAAGUCGUUACGAGAUAGAUUUGGAGUUAAGAAAAUGGAUUAUUGGUUUUUACAAGAAAACAAUUUGAUUGAUUACAGUCUUCUGAUCGGCGUACAUGAUCCUGAGAUCGCCUUGGCUAAUUCGACUGAGAAUGAUGCCGAUGAUGCUGAUGGUACUGGUGGUGGUGCAUUGGAGGCUAGUCGAGUUUUUGAGGAUAAAAUAGUAUCUUCAGGUGAUGGUUUGGGAACACUUGUAUCACAGGGUCAAUAUAACUAUCCAUGUAUGACGAGAUCAAGUAUUGUAUUUGGUUUAGGGUCGUCAGCUACGGGUGGUGUUGGGACUGGGAACGUGAGCACUGGUGAUGACGAUGAUGAGGAAGAGGAGGGAUAUUUGAUACCAGAGAGCAAUCCACAAAUCUCUGCAAAUGAUUUAACGCCACCGGAUAGUCCACCUAGAGCAAUAUGUCUACCUCAGGUAUUCUCAGGUGAUCUGCACCCUAGUUUAGAAUGCUAUGGAAUCAAAAGUUCAACAGACUGCUCUCAUCCAUUGAUUUACUUUGUGGCUAUUAUUGAUAUACUUACACGUUAUGGAAUGCGCAGCGUACUGCUCAAACAUAUAAAACAGUUAAGCAUGGCACAGAUGCUACCUCCGUAA